CUAUAUACACCUCGUGUCGACAAGAACUAUCGAAUAGACCAAUCGGCAAAGCAGCACCCAUCCCUACCUUCGUCCCUCGCAGUCAUAUACUUUUAUUUCGCUCCGCCGCGGGAAGCGUUCCGCUAGGGACGUGCGAUGACGUUGUCGCAGGGGGGCCGGGGAAGGGGAUGAAGGGGUGACUGUUUUUCUUUCUCUGAUGCUCUUUACUUUGUGGUUUUUUUCUUCUUUGCAUCUUCUUAAUGUACUGCAACUUGGCGACUGGGGUUUGGUUUUUUUCUUCUUUUCUUUUGGGAUCGACUCUUUUUUUUCUUUCGUUUUCUUUUAUUUUUUUCCUUCUGUCUUCUUUCUUCGGAUAAGCGCGCGUGCGUUGGGUAGCAUAGCAUCAUUUGCAUUGGGAGGUGUGUGGUCGGGUCGGGUCUGGGGUUUUAUUACUUGGUUUGGUUUCAUUUUGUUUUUGUUUCAUAGGGACGGUCGGGCGCGAGGAAUGGAGGAGGGGUGGUGGUUGAUUGUGAUAUCCUACGGAUGGAGAGUUGAGAGUUUACUGAUACAUGUACAGUACUCGCGGAUGGAUGGCACGGUGCUGGCUGGGUGUACUGGAUUGGAUGGGAACGAAGGGUGUAUUGUAUAUCUAGGGUUUUCAUGUGCACGGAAGGGGAAGGGGGGGAAUCUUGUAUAUAAUUUAUGUAUGCUAUGUAUACCUAGAGCCACCUACUAUAUGUACUAUACUAUGGUUAGAGCUCGAAAGAGCUUGCUUUCUUUGAAGGGUUUUUUUUUCUCUUUCCCUGCAGGGCGAGGGCGAGGGCAAGGGAUGACUGGCUGACUGACUGACUUGUUCGAUUGACUUGUUUUAUUGACUUGUUUCUCACUGCAGUGCUGCGAUUGAGUGUCUGUCGUGAUUUAACGUGAUUUAACGUGAUUAGAGUGUCGUGAUUGAGUGUGAAACCACGCAAUUGUGGAAUUGGGGGUUGUUUUGGUGAUUAGUAUGGUGAUUAGUAUGGAAAUUGGGAUUGAAUCGAGAUCGAGGGCAGUGGGAGUACGUAA